AUGCUCCCUGACCACUUUUGGCCAAUUAUCUUCUUUCUAUGUCUCCUCAUGUCUAUCGGCAUCCUCGCAUGCCUAACAUAUACAGUCUUUAGCAUCAUUUUUGAACGUAAUGCUACCCGCGAGGCUUCUCCGGAUGAAAGAUAUUAUACUUUUGAAAGAUCGGUCACCGGGCCUUUUGAGGAUGAGGCU